AUUUCCUAGGAAUAAUUUUUCCGGCAACUUCUUUAUUAUAUAUACGAACAAGUCCCGCGUGGAAGUUUCCUGUUCAAGUCAAUGUCUUAAAACCCCACGAAGUCAGACGUAUUCCUGCUAGGCUGCUUAUAGUUUAUCAAUCCUCUCUAUAAAUUUAUACAUUUUUGCAGCACUACUAUAACAUUCCAAGUUUUGGCUGACGGAUUAUUACUAUCACAUAAUGGCCAAGAUGAAAAGAUUAGUCUUCAUUUCUUUGCUUCUUCUUCUGGUGAGCCAUCCAACACAUAGCCGUUCGAUCAGAGAAGACUCCAAUCUGGCAAUAUCUGAUGAUGAGGAGAGCAAGUCAUCGUCUUUUCUUGAAUGGAGCUACUUAUCGGCUACGACGGAGACGUGUGAGCCGACAUAUGGGUUCUUGCCAUGCUCAACCAACGUUUGGGGUCUGCUGUUUCUCAUAGUGGCGUACGAGUUCUUGCUUUCCCUCGGAGGGAGGUACGUCGCAACCGGGUCGGACCUGUUCUUCAAGAUUACCGGACCCGGUAUAUUCGGAGCCAGUUUGUUCCAGUUUCUUGGAACAAUCCCACAAAUUGUCUUGAUUCUCGUAUCUACGCUUUCCGGGAGUCUGGAGGCUGCUCAACAACGGGCCUCGUUGGGGAUGGGACUGGUGGCCGGAACAACCGUUAUGCUUCUGACGUUGAUAUGGGGCACUUCUGUUGUCCUUGGUAGCUAUGAUCUCUCUGCGGCUAUUACUAUUGAUAAAUCUGGAAGCCCGAAAAGUAAUCUAAAAGCAGGUUUUGGCAUUGUUACGGAUGUUGAAACAAGCUAUACUGCACGGAUAAUGUUGAUCGCGUUGGUUCCUUUUCUCAUCCUUCUGCUGGCAAAAGUUUUCAAUUCAUUGUCAGGGAGAAGAGUGAUUAUUCUUAUUGCUCUCAUCGUCACAUUCGUUUUGCUGUUUGCUUACAUUUUCUAUCAGAUAUUCCAGCCAUGGAUUCAGAACCGGAGAUUUGAGUAUUUGAUGAAUAAAUAUGCCAAAGACAAGCUACUGAGACUUUUUUCAACAAACGGAAAGCCUGAUACUCGAAAAAUACAAGAUCUGUUUAAUAAAAUAGACAAGGACGGUAGUAGAUCCGUAUCAGCAGCCGAACUCAGAGUUCUACUCUUGGGUGUAAAAAUGGAUGAUGAUGAUCUGAGCACGGACAGGGACGUAGAGAACAUCUUGGAAUCUUUUGAUACCUCCGGAGACGGACGUAUCAGUCAGGAUGAAUUUAUCAAAGGCAUGACCACAUUAGUUUCUGAUAUAUCCGAUCAGACUCCAGACCGUAUUAAAAUUGGCGGAGGUAGCAAUUCUCAGAAUAACAGUCAACUACAGCAGGGCUUGCUAACUAAUAGCACUGGGACAAGCACAAGCAAAUUACAAAGAGUUAGUAAUUCUUGGUUGAAUUACUCGAGGGCACUUUUCUUUGUAAUAGUUGGGACAGUCAUGCUAUGCGCGCUUGGAGAACCUUUGAUCAAGAGUGUUGUAGCUUUCUCUCAAGCUGCAAACUUGCCUUCCUUCUGUGUCUCGUACUUAGCUAUACCCUUUGCUUUGAAUUAUGGAGCUGCAAUUCAAUCAAUUGCUUCCGCCAGACAGAAGACACAGAAAUCCAUUUCUUUGACACUUUCAGCGCUGUAUGGUGGAGUGUACAUGAACAAUAUCAUGGGUCUGAUAGUGUUCCUGGCACCAGUUUAUGCACGGAACUUGCAGGCAGAUAGUUUUGCGGAAAUUCUGGUUGUUCUGAUAAUAUGCAUCCUCAUGACCUUAUUGACAAGCUUCCGUACCACGUUCCCUCGCUGGUUGGGUUAUCUUGUGCUGCUGUUGUACCCAAUUUCUCUUGCAUUAAUCUUUCUGGUUACUUCUGUUCUCAAUUGGUCUUAAAAGGCCAUGAUGGUACUAUUAUUGUAGCAAAUGAUGUACUUUUAUGUUUGUUCUGUACAAUCAAAACAAAUUUGUUGUACGACCAUUUUUUAUA